UCUUUUUUGGGGGACGGGCCAAGGACGGGAACGAGAGCCGCAAGCCUGGGGGUGUAAAUCUUGACCCAGAGCUUGCCCAGGGAAGCAGCCAUCGGCUGGACGUUUGGACAAAGAGGGGGAAACCGUGUCCAGGAUAUUCGCUCUGCCUUGCAAGCUGCAGCUAAGGUGACUUUGAAGGAUCAUGGGCAACAGCAUGAAUAAGAUUCUUCCCGGUCUCUUUCUUGGGAACAUCGUAGAUGCCAAAGACCUGGAUCAGCUGAGCAAGAAUGAUAUCACUCACGUGAUCUCUAUCCACGAGUCUCCCCAGCCCUUCAUUCCGGGAAUCACUUAUCUUCUAAUUGUUCUGCCAGACACAUCUGAGGCCAACAUCAAGAAGCAUUUUAAGAAAUGCAUCCAGUUCAUCCACUCUUGCCGGCUGCAAGGGGGGAACUGCCUUGUUCAUUGCCUAGCUGGGAUCUCCCGCAGUACCACCAUCAUCCUGGCCUACCUCAUGGCGGUGACGCCAUUGGGCUGGCUUGAGGCACUCGAAGCGGUCAAGGCCGUGAGGCCCGUGGCCAACCCCAACCUGGGUUUUCGUCAGCAGCUGGAGGAGUUCGGACGUAGCAGGUCCAUACAGAAGAUCCGCCGGAAGCUUCAGCAAUGCCACCGAGGGACCCCUUUCAAUGACCACGAAGCUGUCCGAGGACUUCUGUCAUCUGGCCGAAAACAGGAGCUGCCCAGCCCCAAACAGACGUGGGCAGACCUGGGUCCUGCGGCCACUGGCCCCGGGGUCAAACAGAUGGAUUCCCUUCUGAUACGGGUGAAAGAGACCUUUUCUUGCUUGCCCAGCUGUCUCAAAUGAAACUUUUCCAAAACUUUUGGGAAAACGCAAGGAGAUUCCCACGAUGGGCUAGGAAAAGCAGGACCCAGGCCAGGCCGAUCUCGUCCGUUGGCAUCCCCAAGAAGGAAGAGAAAGGCCCGGGCAGAGCUGGCGAGGAGGAACUGGAAAACAUUGGCAGCGCCAAGCAAAGUUCUGCUGCUCCGAUUGCCUAUCGCAACCGUGGGACUGUGACACCCCCAAAUUCCCACGGGAAGGAUUUUCAACUCAAACCACCCCAGAAAUGAUGAACUGGAUGAUUCCUAGGAUGUACUAUUUCUAUUUGAUUUGAAAAAAGUUAAAAUACAAAAUUCCAACUUUAAAAUGAAAACAAACAAAGGGGAAAAAAAAACACAACGAAGCAAAACAUUAAAAAGUGCAUUAAAAAGGAAAAAAAAGCCAAACAUAUAUACAUA